AUGUCCCACUCGCCUCCAUGCCGCCCCUGCUGCCUAUGCCUGCGCACCCAGAAGCAUGAAGACGAGCGGGCCCAGAAAAACACAUUCACAAGGUGGAUCAACGUCCAUUUGGAGGAGCACUCUGCUUCCGGACACGUCACCGAUCUCUACGAGGACAUCAAAGACGGCGUUUUGCUGUGCCGUCUCAUCGAAGUACUCACCGGAGAGGCGUUGCCGAUCAACAAAUCGAAGCACGCCGUCCGCGUCCACCAUAUUGCCAAUCUGACGACAGCCCUCGCCGUGCUUAGACGCCGCGGCCUCGAGCUGAUCAACAACAAUGCCUCCGAUCUGGCCGACGGAAACCCACGAAUUGUCCUCGGCCUCAUAUGGCAAAUUAUCCUGCACUUCCAGAUUGAAACCAACGUGCAACUACUGCGCGAAUGGGGAUGGGGAGCGACGGCGGCGCCCUCAAGAAGUCCAUUCAAGCAGCGGUUACGUGAAUUCAUGCCGGGACCCUCCUCGCCCCGGUCCGGCGCCCUGAAGAUGAAGAGCAACGUCGAGGCCGUGUUGCUCAGAUGGAUCAAUGCAGAGAUUGCCGAAUCCCUCGGCCUAAAAGUGGAGAACAUGGACAAGGCGUGGCGUGACGGCGUCCUAUUCACGGCCCUCGUCCACAAAUGGCGACCGGAUACGGUAGAUCUCGAGGGAGCGAAGAAUAGACCCGCACGGGACAACCUCGAAGCAGCAUUUGAAGCCGCCCAUCGCUAUCUUGGCAUUAGAAAACUGCUUGACGUCGAGGAUCUUUUGGCUGAGAAGCCGGACAAACGCUCGAUCAUCACGUACGUCUCCCAAUUCGUGCGCACCGCCGGCGAGCGGAGGCCCAUCGAGGAGGGCGGACAGUUUGCCGCUUUCUUGCUGUGGUUGGAUACGGUAGCCGCGGCGGAUAUCGAUCCCGAGGAUAGUCAGGCUUACUUCCGGUUGCGUCGUGAAUUCCUGGAGCAUCGCCCGACCUUCCAGACGAUCCUCGCCACGCGGACAAACUUUUCGGUUGAUCAGCUGGUGGAUAUUGAGACAAAAUGGGACAAAGUGCGUACACGGCUCGAGUCUGCAGCCUUCCGGGCGGAACGGGACCUGCCCGAGCCGUUCGCCUCCCUGUCCACCUGGACCGAGCAUGGACAGAUGCUGCUCAACUCUCCGCUCCAACUCCUCCCCCACGACCCACAAAAGACGGUCAAUUUGCUCCACAGUCUCAUCGAGGAGCACCAGCGCCACUUCUCCGACCUCCGCGCCAAGCAGGACGAGCUCCAGAGUGCGGCUGCCGGCCGGGGCGUGGGUGGUGCUCAAGUGCCCCCAGAAUUCUCCGAGCCUCUCCGCAUCCGGAUGGGCCAUAUGAGCCAAGAAGUGCCCACCAGAAUUGCUACACUUAAGAUCCUGCUCUCCCACUACAUCAUCCUCGCCUACCUGGCCGACCUUGACGACAAGGUCGAGCUGUGGCGAUCCGCCGACUCGUUGGCGUUGUUGAAUCGGUGGAUUAAGGAAUACAACCAGAUCGCGUCGGAGAACCCGCGCCGCAAGUUCGAUCACCAUAUGGAGCGGUUGAGGCGGACGGUUAGCACACAACCUGAAACCAAGCUCGACAUCAACUCCCUGGCCGCCCAAUGCGUCGGCCGAGCCCAAGAGACGCUGGCCAGAUUUGACGAGUGCAAGCCCGUCCUCCUCACGCUCCGAGCCGCAUGGGAAGAGUGGGAAAGAGACAUCUGGAGGCUAGAGGAGCUCGCGCAACGGGGAGUGGAUAACAACACGAAUACACUAUAUCGUGAAGCUGAGAACAUCAGCUCGAUGGAAGCGGCAGCCGACCGUCUUGCUCCCCUCCUCUCCCCGGCCGCCAUCAUCGCCAACAACGAGCGAAUGGACCAGUUGAGGCACAGGGCUCAGCAAUUGUCAAAGUGUGUCGGCGCGCGGCUGGUCGUCGAGCUGGGCGGCCCAUCGACGUCCAGGGCUUCUACCCCACACUUUGAGGUCGACGACCCGUUGACCAAGAUGCCCCCCAGGCUUGAGGCUGUUCCCCACUACGCCCGUCCCGACCUCGAGACCCUUGAAGCAGCCGUGGCCGUCUCAAUGCAACAAGCCACCAAACUCGUCCGCGACAUCGACGCCUUCAUCGCGGAAUCCGGAAGCGGCCAACGCGCUCGCGCCGAAUUCCAGCAAAAAGCCACCCAAAUCCACCUCCAAAACAAGGGCGGAGCGCUGCGGAACGCGAUGCCGAUGAUGGCCCGCAUUGAGGGACACCUCGAACAGCUCGAAAACGUGCUGCUGGUAGAUGCGGAUCAGCGGCGCCUCACCCAAGCCGAAGACUACCUCGACCAAGUCCUUCGCCUCAUCGCCGUCCUCAAGGGCGACGAGUUCUCCCAUGCCGUCGAUACGCGCUAUUACCAGCAACGGUACAAUCGGGCACUCGCCGUCGCCACCGGUCGUCCCGUUACGCCGAUCGAGGAAUCGCCGCUUGAUGAGGCCUACAUCCGCGAGGUCAUCGACCGGAAGGAGGACAUCAUCAGAAGACGUGAGCGUGACAUGUACGAGCUGACGUGCUACGAGCGUAUGGUCGAACGGCUGACGAUCAUCGUCGAACAGCUCGACAAGGGCGCCUCGGCAUCCAGCCAAAUGCUCGCCGACCUGGUCACGAUGAGGGCCGAAGCCUCGGCUUUUAGGGACACGGCCCUCGGCCAAUCCCUGCUCCCCUCCAUAGAUGAUGCCCUCGAAAAGGCCGAGCAAUCGCUGGAAGAGCGGCUAAGAGGCCUGAAGAUGGCUGGCGAGGAGGAUACACCACAUGCACAUACAAUUAUACAGGAGGUUGGCGAUUUGGAGAGAGGGCGAUUCGGGGCCCGACUCACGCGGACACUCGACGAAACCCGAACAACCCUCGCCUACAAAAUGGAGCUCUUUAGGCGACUCCAAACCUUUUACGACACGGUCAAAUUUUUGCGAGUACAAAACGACAAAUGGAACAUUAUCAGCCUCUCUCAGGUCUCGGCGGUGACCGAAGAGGUGGUGGCCCAACUCUCGCGGGCCACAGAAUGGAGACGGGACGCGACGGCACUUCGGCGGGAGGUCGCCGCCAUCCACGGCUCAUUCUUUCAACUCGAAUUUGAUCGUGUCAACGAAAAGCUGUCGCUGCUGAUCUUCGACCUCGAAAAGCUGGUCGAGCUGAUGCAGCGGCGAAGGGCCUUCCUCACGGCCGUCACGGAAUUCGUGGCCGCCGCCGAGCAAGAACCCCACCAAAACGCCACCUCCAGCCACGAACAACCGGAACCCACGCACGAACAAGUUUUACGACAAACGAACGAAGCAUGCGAAGAUUUGGAACGUCGCGCCGAACUGCUGUGCCAAAUGCAGUCGGCCGCCGACAUGAUUGUCCAAGACCUCUCCGUCAUGCACAUCAUCCGAACAUACCGACGGCGACAUCUCGGCGAGCUGGCGGAGCCCGAGACGUUCGCUGUGGUGACUGCCGUGCAAGAUGUAUUGAGCCGACCUCUUCUGGAUCAGAGGACGGCCACGGCAAGGGCAUCCGACCCCACCCAGGCAUUGCCACUCAUCCUCGAGAUGAAAGAAGAAGAAUCACGUGAGGCGCGCCUUCUCGAAGACCUCGAUUCGGUGACGAGCGAGGACGGCGUGCCCCGGGACUCCCUCCUCGAGCUGAGGAGACGGAUGACCGAACGUGACAACACCAGACGCGUACUGAUCAUCACCGUGAUCCGCGUCUACCUCGACUUGCUCAACGCGCGCUUCCUUGAGUUCGAGCGCCACUUUGGUGCGCUUAUCGCAGGCGGAAACACCGAACAGGUCCAACUCCUCAACGACACCGAGUGGACCAAGUGGAAGCUGGACGUCAGCGAGGUCGAGAAGACGGUCGGCGCCGAGUUGCGCCUCAAGCUCAAGCCCGAAUUUGCCGAUCUUGAGCGAAAGGCGUUCUCGCUGGACGGCCGUAUCGCCAAGUACCUGCACGAGUCGCAGCGACAGCGACAUCGCGAAGAGCGACUGCUAGCCAAGCUCGGACCCUUCGCCGAGUGGCUGACGGCUGUCGAGACCGACUUGGAUACGGUGGAAGAGACCCGGGAUCAAGAUCCGGCUCUCAGGACACAGAAACUACGUCAACUCCGCGACAGCGCCGAAAGCCAGCAGAAGCUGGUACGACGACUCCAAGAGCUGAACGUACACGACAGGACGGUCAUUGACGAACUCUGCGCUAGAUACCGAAUGAUCGUCACCCGGCUCUCCGGCCACAGCAUCCCUGAAAGCAGCCCCUUGCCGCUGCACGUGCAGACUAACCUGCCCAGCACGUCCGUCUGCUCGCAGCUCUCAAUCUCGUCGAGCAACUCCGAGUCGCCGGAGCGUCAGAUGGUGGUCGUGAGGGAUGUCGUGCUCCCUGUCGAGAUCCUCCCCUCCGCAACGAGUCAGCAGUUUGUCGACAACUUUGAAGGAGAGGUGGACCGAGUAACGGCCUACGCACAAGACGUCACCAAGAUGUACAGCGACCUCACGCGCCCGUCCGUGUUCGUCAACGUCGAUUACGAGAAUUUGAAGGGAAUUUUACGAUGGAUCGACACGGUCGAGGCGACAAACUACGAGGUCGAGCGCAACCUCGACAACCAACAGCUCGCUGCCUUCGAGGCGGGAAGGCAGAAGCUGAACGCGCUGCGCGAGUUCGUACAACAGGCCGUCUCCCAGAUGGAGAAAGAGCUCUCCGAGGAGGCGGCUCUCGUGGACAAACACAAGACGAUUAUGAGCGAGCUGCAUACAUUGGAAGAGAUCGUUCAAUCCCGAUCCGUGGGGCAACUUGACGUUCGGGAGGAGCUGGAGAAGCUGCAGCUGGAGAUGAACCUGCUGCGCGGCCUCUGCCAUUUGCCUCGCCGGUUUGUCGAGUGCGAGCUCGACUCGGCCAGUCGACCGACUACUCCGUCGAAGCGGAAGAAGAAGGUGCUUGUCAUGGUCACCAACACGGUCACCACGAUUAUCCAAGUGGUCGAAGAACGCAUCCUGCGCUACGAAGAGGAGUCCAUCCCCCCGAUCUCCGAGAUCAAGGAACGACUCGAGGAGCUGAAGGAAGAGAUGAACAAACCGGCAGAAGAUACGCGCCAUUUGGAUGAGCUCCUCCUGAAGGCUGUCGAGCUCCAGAAGGCCGCCGAGGAGGCAGCUGCCCAAUACAAUUUGCCCGAGAUGGAGCGCAUCCGGCACGAGCUGACAUUUGUCCUUGCCAAUGUACAAAAACCACACGACGAGGUCAAGGACACCAGAAUCUAUGAGGAAAACAUCUCAAACAUCAUUGCCAAGCUGGAGAAAACGGAAGAGGCCCUCGCUGCAGCUUUCGAACCUACUUCACCCCGCGUCAUCGACGAGGACGGGUUUGAAGUGGUGCCGGCAACAGUUGGGCAACAGCCCUCGACAAGCACGGCUGAUGAUGGUUUCGUUGCUAUCCCAGCUGCCGAGGAAGCAGCCCCUACUAGAGCCACACCAACUGAGGAGCUCCAGAAAACACUCGAAAUGGUGCAAUCCACCAUUGAACAAGCGGAUCGCCUCGAAAACGUCCCCGUCGAACAGCUGGACGCUAUCGAGAAGCAGCUCAAGUCGUUGAAGCCUGCCGGAGACGAUCAAGUGCCGCUAGUCCAGGCACAGCUCGACAAGAUCGCAGAGCUGAAGGCCCGCAAGGACAAGCACCACGCCGAUGUCGCCCACCUUGGAGCCGCUCUUGACGACAUUCGCAAGAAUCUCGACGAAGCCGACAAGCUCGCCCAUCCCACGAAGAAGGGAAAGAAGGGCAAGGAACAAGCCGUCGCACCAACCACCGACGCACUCAAGGAAGUGGUGGCCAGGCUGGAGAACGAGGUGCUACCAGCCCUCGCACAAGUCAACAAUCAAGCCGCCUCCACCCCUGGAGUCGAGCCCCAGCUUCAGGCUGCCAAGGAUCUUGAUUGGAAGGCUCGCGCCUUGUUGGAGGAGGCCAAAAGACAGCUUCCAGCACCCCAAGAACCUAUCCCGUCGGAACUUGGCGAGCCUUCUGAGCUGUCCUACGGUGAUAUCGUCAUCCAGCCCUCUAAGGUUGAGGAGCAACAGCCCACGACUUCAGCGCCUACGGAGGUCAGGACUCCAUCGCCUCGCGUUCCACAUACGGUAGAAGAGCUGCUCCAAGAGACCCCAGACCGAAGAUCUCCGAGAAUAUCUCCGGAGUCCGAGUUCGAAAUGAUCGAGCCGGGCGAUGUGCAGCAGGAAGAGAAGCUGCUCAUGGACUAUCUAUCUCGCCGAGUGGCCGACAUCGAGAACAUGCCACUUGAUCAAAUCUCCCCCGAAAACCUCGAGCAAUUGGAGAACGAGCUCGGUUCCCUUCCAGCCAGCCCUGAGCUUGAGCAGAUGAAGAUGAGGCUCGAGCGGGUGAUGGUCAGAAAAGAUCAAGAAGGUCGUGAUCCCGAAGACAUUGGCCGCGAGGAGCAGUCCCUCAUCACAUAUCUCAUCAGCAAGGUGGACGAACUCAAGCAAUUGCCGCUCGACCAGAUCACCUGGGCCGAGAUCGACGACUUGAAGUACAACCUCGACACCCUGCCAAAGAGCGCGGAGACCGACAAGCUCAAGGAAAAGCUGAACGCGCUGAAGACCCAGAAGUUCAUCCAAGAAGGACCACCGUUGGAUGAGCAGGAACGAAUUCUGUUCAACUACCUACAACGCAAGGUGGCCGAGCUGGAGGCGAUGCCGCUGGAACACCUCGAUGUUGAUAGCCUUCAGGCGCUGCAAGCCGAGGUACGGCAGAUGAAGCCAAACGCCGAGGUCGAGGCAUUACGGCUGAAGAUCGCGCGCAUGAUUGAUGAGCGUGGUAAACAGGCAGAUCUCGCCGAACUGUUGGCGAAGGAGGAUGAAGAAGAUGAGGAUCUUCUAAGGACAGCCGUAGGUUGGGAGACCAUCGACGAUGACCAAAAGCGACAGCUCGAAGAAGCAAUGCAGAAGUCGCCCGCCCACGUGUUGCCUGACGUUCACGAACUACCGUACCACGAGCCCCAAAGGAGCUCUAGCCGUGACCCUGAGGUAUUGCAACGUGAACUCGACGCCAUUCAGAACAUCAACCUCGAAAGCCUGGAUCGCGAACAAGCGGAGGCGCUCAUUGAGCAGAAGCUGAAGCUGCAACAAGAACUCUCCCUGACGGUCCCCGGAAAGACUGAGAGGAGCCCAUCGAUCCCUGAGAUCAGGAUUGAAGGGCCAGAGCCAGAGAAACCCGAUGAAGAAGAUCAACCACCGUCCGGUUCUUCUGCGCCAUCGACCUCUCACCCUCUUGAAGGCGAACAGCCGCUCAGCGGAGAACCCGAGGCCACAUAUGCUCAUGGUACCACCGAAAUCUAUGAUGAAGGCAAGCCCGCAGAUGAUGCUUCCGUGGUGAUUCCAUCAAAACCUUCAACUGAGGAAUUGUACAAAACUCUGGAAGCUGCUCAAAUCAUCAUCGACCGAGCAGAUCGCCUCGAAAACGUUCCCAUCGAAGAGCUUGAAGCCCUCGAGCAGCAGCUCGAGUCGCUGAAGCCCGCCGGAGCGGAUCAAUUCUCACCACAAAUCCAGGCACAGCUCGACCAAAUCGCAGAGCUCAAGACCCGCAAGGACAAGCACGACGCCGAUGUGGCCCAACUUGGAGCCGCUCUUGACGACAUUCGCAAGAAUCUCGACGAAGCUGACAAGCUCGCCCAUCCCACGAAGAAGGGCAAGAAGGGCAAGGAACAAGCCGUCGCACCAACCACCGACGCACUCGAGGAAGUGGUGGCCAAGCUGGAGAAUGAGGUUCUACCAGCCCUUGCACAAGUCAACAACCAAGCCGCCUCCACCACUGGAGUCGAGCCCCAGCUGCAGGCCGUCAAGGAUCUUGAUUGGAAGGCACGAGCUUUGUUGGAUGAAGCCAGAAAGCAGCUCCCAGCUGCUCCAGAGCCGAGCCUUUCAGAAACUGGGCCUUUGGAGUUGUCCUAUGGAGAUAUCCAGAUUCAGCCAUCCAAAUCUGAGGCUACUACUGCGCUCGGUAAGGAAGAAGAACCCACUGGCGUGUCAAUCGAGAAGUCAGAAGCCCCUCAAGAACCGGCCCAGGAUGCUCAACAAGUCCAGCGGGUUCUCGAAACUAUUCAAGAAGAGCUCGAAGAAGUUGAUAAGUUGGCGCACCCAACGAAGAAGGGCAAGAAGGGCAAGUCCCAACCAGUGGCCCCAACUGAAGAAGCGCUGAAGGAGGUCGUUGAGCGCUUAGAGACCAAGGUUCUACCCGCGCUUAGCAGCAUCGAGGCACAGCAAAGCAAUCCGCAGACCUAUCUGCUGCGGGAGAAGGCUGAGAAAUUGAUUGCUGAAGCCAAAAGCCAGCUUCCCGCCUCGAAGACUGAAGAGAAAUCGUCAGAACCUGUUGCGACCGUCUCGGAAGCUCACCCAACGAGCGUGGAAGGAGCCGAGGUCACGAUCCCUACGACACAACCCGUAACCAAUGAAGCUCAGGUGCCCUCGACGAUUCCGGUCAUUAUCGAGCCAGCCCCUGGACCCUCAGAGGCAGAGGUACCUGUCGAAGGAUCUGACCAGGUCCGGCGGGUUCUGGAAACGAUUGCCGAAGAACUCGAAGAAGUUGAUAAGUUGGCGCACCCGACGAAGAAGGGCAAGAAGGGCAAGACCCAAACAGUAACACCAACUGCAGAUGCCCUCAAGGAAGUCGUCGAGCGCCUGGAGACAAAGGUACUACCCGCGCUUAGCAGCCUCGACGCACAACAAGCUCCUCAAGCGACUGCAUUGUAUGAUAAGGCUAAGAAACUGCUGAACGAAGCGAAGAGUCAGCUCCCGGCUUCGGAACCAGAAACGAUAGGAGAGUUGGCCUAUGAAGAAGGAGAAGGAAAACCGAUUCCACCUGUAGCGACGGUCUCGGAACCCGAAGUUGUACAAACAGGCCAGGGAACAAAGAUCGAGAUCGAUACGGAAGAACCGGAAACGAAAGAAGCAGAGAAGCCAACCCCGAUUCAAGUCGUGGUUGAGUCAGAGCCCGGCCCGUCCGAAUCAGCGGUACCUGUCAAAGAUCCUGAGCAGGUCCGAAGAACGCUCGACACCAUCCAGGAAGAGCUUGACGAGGUGGACAGGCUGGCCCAUCCGACGAAGAAGGGCAAGAAGGGCAAGGCGCAACCGGUCAGUCCAACGGCCGAUGCGCUGAAAGAAGCGGUUGACAGGCUUGAGACAAAUGUGAUACCUGCUUUAUCCAGCAUCGAGGCCGAGGAAGCCCACCCGGAAGUUGCAACAUUGCUCCAGAAGGCCGAGCAACUGCUUGAUGAGGCGAAGAGUCAGCUUCCGUCUUUCGAGCCUGAAAAAACGGGAGAUAUAUCGGAACUCUCAUAUGAGGAGGCAAAAGGAACACUAAUAGAACCGGCCACGUCCGUUGCCGGUGAAAGUCCCCUAGAUAAACAAGCUGAACCGUCCACCUCCCAGCCCGAUGAAGAGCCCCAGUCCAUUUCCGAUCGGCCCCGACUCUCCACCGACUCGGUCGAGGAGAAAAAGCGCAAAUUCAAGGCGCUCAACGAUCGGAUGGGCCUGUAUAUGGAGGUCAUCAAGGAGUACGAGGCGUUGAUGCCGCAGAUCGAAAACCUCGAGGCCAGCACAUCUGCCUUGACACAUCCCACCCCAGAAGCGGUAGAUGAACUGCGCAGCCGGGUGCCAGCACUUGUAGUUGAUAUCUCGAAUCUGGAGCAAUUGCAAGAAGCUGCCCAAGAAGUUGGAUGGGAUGUUGAGAAGAUGCCGGCUAACAUCAAUGAAUUGCGCAAUCGGCUGAAAGCAAUCGAAGCCAAUCUUGAAGAAGCCCUACACCGACCGGUGGUGUCUGAAGAAAUCGAGAUACCCCCGGCAGGCUCUGCAGAGCCUGUGGAAGUGCCCGAGGACAAGAAGCAAGAAGAGCACGUGCUUCCCGAUUUUACCGUAGAUCCUGCGCAAGUCCGCCGUACUCUCGACACGAUCAAGGAGGAACUUGAUGAAGUUGAUCAACUGGCUCACCCGAAGAAGAAGAACAAGAAGGGAAAGCUGCAACCAGCCACCCCAACCAGGGAGGCUCUGGAAGAUGCCGUCACGCGCCUUGAAGAAAGCUUGCUGCCCAAGCUCGCCGAACUCCACGCUCAAACCGGGCAUCCGCAAGCUCACGCAUACCUCGGCAAGGCUCAGGAAUUGCUGGCGGAUGCCAGGGAACAACUUGGUGCACCACAAUCCGAACUUCCGCUCCAACCUCAAGAACCUCAUCCCAGCGAACUAUCGUACGGAGACCUCCUAAUCCAACCGGCACACCCAGGGCCUUCGGCACCACCAAUGCCAGUGGAGGAACAUCCUGCCGACGACAGCAGCAAAGCCCGCGUCUCUGAGAUCGCCUAUGAACUUGCUAGGGCUCAGGAACUACCACUCGAUGAGCAGGUCGAAAAGUUCGAAACGCUAGAGCGCGAACUCCGAUCCCUACUUCCGACUGAUUAUUCCGAAGCACCGAACGAUCUGGUAGCUCAGCUGGAUAAGCUGUCCGAACUCAGAGACAUGCAUGUCGUGGAUGUUGGCGGCGAAGCACCAGUACAAGGACCCGCAGACCAAGCGCCAACCGAGGAGUUAUCAUACGGAGGACAACAACCCUCUGGAAUCGAAGUAUCGCCUCAACAGCAAGCCGAUGUCGCGCAACUUGAAGUCGUUCUUGACGACAUUCGCAAGAAUCUCGACGAAGCCGACAAGCUCGCCCAUCCCAAGAAGAAGGGAAAGAAGGGCAAGGAACAAGCCGUCGCACCAACCACCGAUGCGCUCAAGGAAGUGGUGGCCAAGCUGGAGAACGAGGCGCUACCAGCCCUCGCACAAGUCAACAACCAAGCCGCCUCCACCCCUGGAGUCGAGCCCCAGCUUCAGGCUGCCAACGAACUUCAAACCAAGGCUCAAGAGCUGCUGGCUGAUGCCCAGAAACAACUGGACGACCAGAUGGCCGCCGAUGAGAAGGCCGCUCGAGUCGAAGCCAAACUCCUCGAGAUCAAGGUGACCCCAGAUACCAUGGUCGCUUUGCAGCGCGCCGACGAGCCACCGCAGGACGAUCAAGACGAACUGCAGAAGCGCGAACAGGCUGCCGAUUCGGAUAUUGGUCAGCUGGAGGCGAAGCUGCUCGAGAUCAACCAACUUCUCGCCAGCGACGACCUCAGCCCCGAGCAACGCAAGGAGCUCGAGAAGACCAAGGCCGACACCGAGAGCUACCUGGACAAGUUGCGCAGAUUGAAGGAUGCGCUCCUCGACAAACUGGCCAAUCUCACCAAGUACGGUCAGGAGAAGCAGAAGCUUGACUCGGCUGCCGAGCCUGUUGAAGUGGCGCUGAACACCAUCUUUGACAAGUAUGCCAACCAGGCUCCUCAGCCAUUCGUCGUCGGAAAGGACGACUUGAGCCGAGCCGACGAGGUGAAGUCACAGCUGGCUGAUUUGGCACGAUCCGUGGCUGCCGCCAAGGAGUGGUUGCACGACAAUCUGCCAUCUCGCGAAGCCGACCUUGACGCCCAGCUGGAUGAUCUCAAGUGGAAACAAGAGAACCUGAACAGCCUCGUCGACGAAUUGGCCAACGAAGUGCAAGCUGGCGAUGCCAUCCGAGCUGACUACGAUCAAUUGCUGCCCUUGGUCGCCGACAUUGAGAACAGGGCGAUGGCAGCUCGUCAGACCGGAGAUCUGUCCGAUCCGGCUGCGCUGAAUGCUCUGAAGAGCGAACUCGAGCCACUACUCGCUCGUGUCGCCGAAUUGAAGAGGAAGCAGGCCGAAAAGCCAUCUCGCCUCACCGGACAACCAGAAGGCGUCGAUGUCGAUGGGCUGACUGAUCGACUCCGCAACGUUGACAAUCUGCUCAACGACGAGGAGAAGAACGUGCAGGCCAAGCUUGAGCUUGUCGCUCUUGCCAACGAUGUGGCCGCUCAAGCUCAGGCCAUCGAUCAGGUGCUUGCCCGUGCUCAAGAAGUCGAAGGAAACCCGAAUGCUUCUGUUGAUGAGCUCCGCAAGGCAGCCGAUCAACUCGAACAAGGCCGUCCUCUGCUUGAUGCUCUCAACAACGACUACGAGAAGAUCAAGGCUCUCGGAGAAGCGGAAACGCCUGAAGGCCAGAAGCUGGCCGUUGCCACCCUCGAGCGUCUCGAAAAGGCCACCGAAGCCAUCAACACGGCCAACAUCGCGCUCCAAGACCGAGCCGAUGCCCUCGAGGAUUUGCACAAGAAGGCUGAAGGAGCCGGAAACCGUCUGGCCGAGCUCGUGGACGAAGCUAACCGCCUCGUACGCGACCCAGAAGCCCUUCCAAGCAGCUAUGAGCCGACGGCCGCCGAAAUGCGUGAACAACUUUCCGUUGCUCGUAACCUGCUCGCCAGCGCCCCAGCCCAAGAUGAGCAUACCGCCUCGUUGGCAACAACCAUCGAUGCGGCCGAAGCCCUCCUUCCAGUACUCGACGACCGAAACACUUACUGGAAUGAAUUCGUGGCUGCUCGCGACAACGCUGAUCAGCUUCUCGAGAACAUCGGAGCCCAUCUUGAUGCCCUCCAAGCCAAGCAGCCCGAACAUCUCGCUGCUGCCAAGGCCGAUCUGGAAGAAGCAAAACGUUUGAAGGAUCAAGAUGUGGAACGGCUAAAGGAAGCUGCCCGAGAGCUGCAGCGACUCUCCGAGCUACUCGACCCGCUCGAGAGCGCCUACGCCGAUGUGCGAUUCUUGGAUGCUGACAUCGACCAGAAGGUCGCCCAUAUCGACGACUACCUGGCCGAGCUCCACGCCGAGAUCGAGGAUGAACAGGUGUGCGCCGAUUCCACCAAGCAAUUGGACGACGAACUGAACCGUCUUCUUGCUGAUAUCCCACAAGUCAACGAUGUGAACAGCUUGAACGCCCUUGCCGAACAAGAACUUCCGGCACUGAAGGCUCAGCUUGACUUGCUGAAGGACAAGAUGGCCAAGGCUAACGACACACGCCACCGUGUCCUCGCCGAGUCCCCCGUUUAUCCCCUCGAGGAGAAGUUGAAUGCCGUCGAAGCGGCCCUCGAUAAGGCCAAGCAGAAUGCCAACGAGGCUGACAACGAGCGAUUGCUGCUGGUUCUCAACCUGCAGCUGGAGCAAGUCGAGCAGCUCCCACUCGACAAUGUGUCUGUUGAACAACUGGACGCUAUCGAGAAGCAGCUCGAGUCUCUGAAGCCUGCUGGAGCCGACCAAGUGCCGCCACAAGUCCAGGCGCAGCUCGACAAGAUCGCAGAGCUGAAGGCCCGCAAGGACAAGCACGAUGCCGAUGUGGCCCACCUUGGAGCCGCUCUUGACGAGAUUCGCAAGAAUCUCGACGAAGCCGACAAGCUCGCCCAUCCCAAGAAGAAGGGAAAGAAGGGCAAGGAACAAUCCGUCGCACCAACCACCGACGCACUCAAGGAAGUGGUGGCCAAGCUGGAGAACGAGGUGCUACCAGCCCUCGCACAAGUCAACAACCAAGCCGCCUCCACCCCUGGAGUCGAGCCCCAGCUUCAGGCCGCCAACGAACUUCAAGCCAAGGCUCAAGAGCUGCUGGCUGAUGCCCAGAAACAACUGGACGACCAGAUGGCCGCCGAUGAGAAGGCAGCUCGAGUCGAAGCCAAGCUCCUCGAGAUCAAGGUGACCCCAGAUACGAUGGUCGCUUUGCAACGCGCCGACGAGCCACCGCAGGACGAUCAAGACGAACUGCAGAAGCGCGAUCAGGCUGCCGAUUCGGAUAUUGGCCAGCUCGAGGCGAAGCUGCUCGAGAUCAACCAACUUCUCGCCAGCGACGACCUCAGCCCCGAGCAACGCAAGGAGCUCGAGAAGACCAAGGCCGACACCGAGAGCUACCUGGACAAGUUGCGCCGAUUGAAGGAUGCGCUCCUCGACAAACUGGCCAAUCUCACCAAGUACGGCCAGGAAAAGCAGAAGCUCGAUUCGGCUGCCGAGCCUGUUGAAGUGGCACUGAAUACCAUCUUUGACAAGUAUGCCAACCAGGCUCCUCAGCCAUUCGUCGUUGGAAAGGACGACUUGAGCCGAGCCGACGAGGUGAAGGCCCAGCUGGCUGAUUUGGCACGUUCCGUGGCUGCCGCCAAGGAGUGGCUGCACGACAAUCUGCCAUCUCGCGAAGCCGAUCUUGACGCCCAGCUGGAUGAUCUCAAGUGGAAACAAGAGAACCUGAACAGCCUCGUCGACGAAUUGGCGAAUGAAGUGCAAGCUGGCGAUGCCAUCCGAGCCGACUACGAUCAACUGCUGCCACUCGUCGCCGACAUUGAGAACCGCGCGAUGGCAGCCCGUCAGACCGGAGACCUGUCUGACCCGGCUGCGCUGAAUGCUCUGAAGAGCGAGCUCGAACCGCUCAUCGCUCGUGUUGCCGAAUUGAAGAGGAAGCAAGCCGAAAAGCCAUCUCGCCUCACCGGACAACCAGAAGGUGUUGAUGCCGAUGGGUUGACUGAUCGACUCCGCAACGUUGACAAUCUGCUCAACGAUGAGGAGAAGAACGUGCAGGCCAAGCUCGAGCUCGUCGCUCUUGCCAACGAUGUGGCCGCUCAAGCUCAGGCCAUCGAUCAGGUGCUUGCCCGUGCUCAAGAAGUCGAAGGAAACCCGAAUGCUUCUGUUGAUGAGCUCCGCAAGGCAGCCGACCAACUCGAACAAGGCCGCCCACUGCUUGAUGCCCUCAACAACGACUACGAGAAGAUCAAGGCACUCGGAGAAGCGGAAACGCCUGAAGGUCAGAAGCUGGCCGUUGCCACCCUCGAGCGUCUCGAAAAGGCCACCGAAGCCAUCAACACGGCCAACAUCGCGCUCCAAGACCGAGCCGAUGCCCUCGAGGAUUUGCACAAGAAGGCUGAAGGAGCCGGAAACCGUCUGGCCGAACUCGUGGACGAAGCUAACCGCCUCGUACGCGACCCAGAAGCCCUUCCAAGCAGCUACGAGCCGACGGCCGCCGAAAUGCGUGAACAACUUUCCGUUGCUCGUAACCUGCUCGCCAGCGCCCCAGCCCAAGAUGAGCAUACCGCCUCGUUGGCCACAACCAUCGAUGCGGCCGAAGCCCUCCUACCAGUACUCGACGACCGAAACACUUACUGGAAUGAAUUCGUGGCUGCUCGCGACAAUGCUGAUCAGCUUCUUGAAAACAUCGGAGCCCAUCUUGACGCCCUUCAAGCCAAGCAGCCCGAACAUCUCGCUGCCGCCAAGGCCGAUCUGGAAGAAGCAAAACGUUUGAAGGAUCAAGAUGUGGAAAAGCUAAAGGAAGCUGCCCGAGAGCUGCAGCGACUCUCCGAGCUACUCGACCCGCUCGAGAGUGCCUACGCCGAUGUGCGAUUCUUGGAUGCUGACAUCGACCAGAAGGUCGCCCAUAUCGACGAUUACCUCGCCGAGCUACACGCCGAGAUCGAGGAUGAACAGGUGUGCGCCGAUUCCACCAAGCAAUUGGACGACGAACUGAACCGUCUUCUUGCUGAUAUCCCACAAGUCAACGAUGUGAACAGCUUGAACGCCCUUGCCGAACAAGAACUUCCGGCACUGAAGGCUCAGCUUGACUUGCUGAAGGACAAGAUGGCCAAGGCUAACGACACACGCCACCGUGUCCUCGCCGAGUCCCCCGUUUAUCCCCUCGAGGAGAAGUUGAAUGCCGUCGAAGCGGCCCUCGAUAAGGCCAAGCAGAAUGCCAACGAGGCUGACAACGAGCGAUUGCUGCUGGUUCUCAACCUGCAGCUGGAGCAAGUCGAGCAGCUCCCACUCGACAAUGUGUCUGUUGAACAACUGGACGCUAUCGAGAAGCAGCUCGAGUCUCUGAAGCCUGCUGGAGCCGACCAAGUGCCGCCACAAGUCCAGGCACAGCUCGACAAGAUCGCAGAGCUGAAGGCCCGCAAGGACAAGCACGAUGCCGAUGUGGCCCACCUUGGAGCCGCUCUUGACGACAUUCGCAAGAAUCUCGACGAAGCCGACAAGCUCGCCCAUCCCAAGAAGAAGGGAAAGAAGGGCAAGGAACAAUCCGUCGCACCAACCACCGACGCACUCAAGGAAGUGGUGGCCAAGCUGGAGAACGAGGUGCUACCAGCCCUCGCACAAGUCAACAACCAAGCCGCCUCCACCCCGGGAGUCGAGCCUCAGCUUCAGGCCGCCAACGAACUUCAAGCCAAGGCUCAAGAGCUGCUGGCCGAUGCCCAGAAACAACUGGACGACCAGAUGGCCGCCGAUGAGAAGGCAGCUCGAGUCGAAGCCAAGCUCCUCGAGAUCAAGGUGACCCCAGAUACGAUGGUCGCUUUGCAACGCGCCGACGAGCCACCGCAGGACGAUCAAGACGAACUGCAGAAGCGCGAACAGGCUGCCGAUUCGGAUAUUGGCCAGCUGGAGGCGAAGCUGCUCGAGAUCAACCAACUUCUCGCCAGCGACGACCUCAGCCCCGAGCAACGCAAGGAGCUCGAGAAGACCAAGGCCGACACCGAGAGCUACCUGGACAAGUUGCGCAGAUUGAAGGAUGCGCUCCUCGACAAACUGGCCAAUCUCACCAAGUACGGCCAGGAAAAGCAGAAGCUUGACUCGGCUGCCGAGCCUGUUGAAGUGGCACUGAAUACCAUCUUUGACAAGUAUGCCAACCAGGCUCCUCAGCCAUUCGUCGUCGGAAAGGACGACUUGAGCCGAGCCGACGAGGUGAAGUCACAGCUGGCUGAUUUGGCACGAUCCGUGGCUGCCGCCAAGGAGUGGUUGCACGACAAUCUGCCAUCUCGCGAAGCCGACCUUGACGCCCAGCUGGAUGAUCUCAAGUGGAAACAAGAGAACCUGAACAGCCUCGUCGACGAAUUGGCCAACGAAGUGCAAGCUGGCGAUGCCAUCCGAGCUGACUAUGAUCAACUGCUGCCCCUUGUCGCCGAUAUUGAGAACCGGGCGAUGGCAGCUCGUCAGACCGGAGAUCUGUCCGAUCCGGCUGCGCUGAAUGCUCUGAAGAGCGAACUCGAACCACUCAUCGCUCGUGUUGCCGAAUUGAAGAGGAAGCAGGCCGAAAAGCCAUCUCGCCUCACCGGACAACCAGAAGGCGUCGAUGCCGAUGGGCUGACUGAUCGACUCCGCAACGUUGACAAUCUGCUCAACGACGAGGAGAAGAACGUGCAGGCCAAGCUCGAGCUCGUCGCUCUUGCCAACGAUGUGGCCGCUCAAGCUCAGGCCAUCGAUCAGGUGCUUGCCCGUGCUCAAGAAGUCGAAGGAAACCCGAAUGCUUCUGUUGAUGAGCUCCGCAAGGCAGCCGACCAACUCGAACAAGGCCGUCCUCUGCUUGAUGCCCUCAACAACGACUACGAGAAGAUCAAGGCUCUCGGAGAAGCGGAAACGCCUGAAGGCCAGAAACUGGCCGUUGCCACCCUCGAGCGUCUCGAAAAGGCCACCGAAGCCAUCAAUACGGCCAACAUCGCGCUCCAAGACCGAGCCGAUGCCCUCGAGGAUUUGCACAAGAAGGCUGAAGGAGCCGGAAACCGUCUGGCCGAACUCGUGGACGAAGCUAACCGCCUCGUACGCGACCCAGAAGCCCUUCCAAGCAGCUAUGAGCCGACGGCCGCCGAAAUGCGUGAACAACUUUCCGUUGCUCGUAACCUGCUCGCCAGCGCCCCAGCCCAAGAUGAGCAUACCGCCUCGUUGGCAACAACCAUCGAUGCGGCCGAAGCCCUUCUUCCAGUACUCGACGACCGAAACACUUACUGGAAUGAAUUCGUGGCUGCUCGCGACAACGCUGAUCAGCUUCUCGAAAACAUCGGAGCCCAUCUUGAUGCCCUCCAAGCCAAGCAGCCCGAACAUCUCGCUGCUGCCAAGGCCGAUCUGGAAGAAGCAAAACGUUUGAAGGAUCAAGAUGUGGAACGGCUAAAGGAAGCUGCCCGAGAGCUGCAGCGACUCUCCGAGCUACUCGACCCGCUCGAGAGCGCCUACGCCGAUGUGCGAUUCUUGGAUGCUGACAUCGAUCAGAAGGUCGCCCACAUCGACGACUACCUGGCCGAGCUCCACGCCGAGAUCGAAGAUGAACAGGUGUGCGCCGAUUCCACCAAGCAAUUGGACGACGAACUAAACCGUCUUCUUGCGGAUAUCCCGCAAGUCAACGAUGUGAACAGCUUGAACGCCCUUGCCGAACAAGAACUUCCGGCACUGAAGGCUCAGCUCGACUUGCUGAAGGACAAAAUGGCCAAGGCCAACGACACACGUCACCGUGUCCUCGCCGAUUCCCCCGUUUAUCCCCUCGAGGAGAAGUUGAAUGCCGUCGAAGCGGCGCUCGAUAAGGCCAAGCAGAAUGCCAACGAAGCUGACAACGAGCGAUUGCUGCUGGUUCUCAACCUGCAGCUGGAGCAAGUCGAACAGCUCCCACUCGACAAUGUGUCUGUUGAACAACUGGACGCUAUCGAGAAGCAGCUCGAGUCUCUGAAGCCUGCUGGCGCCGACCAAGUACCACCACAAGUCCAGGCUCAGCUCGACAAGAUCGCAGAGCUGAAGGCCCGCAAGGACAAGCACGACGCCGAUGUGGCCCACCUUGGAGCCGCUCUUGACGACAUUCGCAAGAAUCUCGACGAAGCCGACAAGCUCGCCCAUCCCAAGAAGAAGGGAAAGAAGGGCAAGGAACAAUCUGUCCCGCCGACCACCGAUGCGCUCAAGGAAGUGGUGGCCAAGCUGGAGAACGAGGUGCUACCAGCCCUCGCCCAAGUCAACAAUCAAGCCGCCUCCACCCCUGGAGUCGAGCCCCAGCUUCAGGCUGCCAACGAGCUUCAAGCCAAGGCUCAAGAGCUGCUGGCCGAUGCCCAGAAACAACUGGACGACCAGAUGGCCGCCGAUGAGAAGGCAGCUCGAGUCGAAGCCAAGCUUCUCGAGAUCAAGGUGACCCCAGAUACCAUGGUCGCUUUGCAACGCGCCGACGAGCCACCGCAGGACGAUCAAGACGAACUGCAGAAGCGCGAACAGGCUGCCGAUUCGGAUAUUGGUCAGCUGGAGGCGAAGCUGCUCGAGAUCAACCAACUUCUCGCCAGCGACGACCUCAGCCCCGAGCAACGCAAGGAGCUCGAGAAGACCAAGGCCGACACCGAGAGCUACCUGGACAAGUUGCGCAGAUUGAAGGAUGCGCUCCUCGACAAACUGGCCAAUCUCACCAAGUACGGUCAGGAGAAGCAGAAGCUUGACUCGGCUGCCGAGCCUGUUGAAGUGGCGCUGAACACCAUCUUUGACAAGUAUGCCAACCAGGCUCCUCAGCCAUUCGUCGUCGGAAAGGACGACUUGAGCCGAGCCGACGAGGUGAAGUCACAGCUGGCUGAUUUGGCACGAUCCGUGGCUGCCGCCAAGGAGUGGUUGCACGACAAUCUGCCAUCUCGCGAAGCCGACCUUGACGCCCAGCUGGAUGAUCUCAAGUGGAAACAAGAGAACCUGAACAGCCUCGUCGACGAAUUGGCCAACGAAGUGCAAGCUGGCGAUGCCAUCCGAGCUGACUAUGAUCAACUGCUGCCCCUUGUCGCCGAUAUUGAGAACCGGGCGAUGGCAGCUCGUCAGACCGGAGAUCUGUCCGAUCCGGCUGCGCUGAAUGCUCUGAAGAGCGAACUCGAGCCACUCAUCGCUCGUGUUGCCGAAUUGAAGAGGAAGCAGGCCGAAAAGCCAUCUCGCCUCACCGGACAACCAGAAGGCGUCGAUGCCGAUGGGCUGACUGAUCGACUCCGCAACGUUGACAAUCUGCUCAACGACGAGGAGAAGAACGUGCAGGCCAAGCUUGAGCUUGUCGCUCUUGCCAACGAUGUGGCCGCUCAAGCUCAGGCCAUCGAUCAGCCGAUCAACUCGAACAAGGCCGUCCCUCUGCUUGAUGCUCUCAACAACGACUACGAGAAGAUCAAGGCUCUCGGAGAAGCGGAAACGCCUGAAGGCCAGAAACUGGCCGUUGCCACCCUCGAGCGUCUCGAAAAGGCCACCGAAGCCAUCAACACGGCCAACAUCGCGCUCCAAGACCGAGCCGAUGCCCUCGAGGAUUUGCACAAGAAGGCUGAAGGAGCCGGAAACCGUCUGGCCGAACUCGUGGACGAAGCUAACCGCCUCGUACGCGACCCAGAAGCCCUUCCAAGCAGCUAUGAGCCGACGGCCGCCGAAAUGCGUGAACAACUUUCCGUUGCUCGUAACCUGCUCGCCAGCGCCCCAGCCCAAGAUGAGCAUACCGCCUCGUUGGCAACAACCAUCGAUGCGGCCGAAGCCCUUCUUCCAGUACUCGACGACCGAAACACUUACUGGAAUGAAUUCGUGGCUGCUCGCGACAACGCUGAUCAGCUUCUCGAGAACAUCGGAGCCCAUCUUGAUGCCCUCCAAGCCAAGCAGCCCGAACAUCUCGCUGCUGCCAAGGCCGAUCUGGAAGAAGCAAAACGUUUGAAGGAUCAAGAUGUGGAACGGCUAAAGGAAGCUGCCCGAGAGCUGCAGCGACUCUCCGAGCUACUCGACCCGCUCGAGAGCGCCUACGCCGAUGUGCGAUUCUUGGAUGCUGACAUCGAUCAGAAGGUCGCCCACAUCGACGACUACCUGGCCGAGCUCCACGCCGAGAUCGAAGAUGAACAGGUGUGCGCCGAUUCCACCAAGCAAUUGGACGACGAACUAAACCGUCUUCUUGCGGAUAUCCCGCAAGUCAACGAUGUGAACAGCUUGAACGCCCUUGCCGAACAAGAACUUCCGGCACUGAAGGCUCAGCUCGACUUGCUGAAGGACAAAAUGGCCAAGGCCAACGACACACGUCACCGUGUCCUCGCCGAUUCCCCCGUUUAUCCCCUCGAGGAGAAGUUGAAUGCCGUCGAAGCGGCGCUCGAUAAGGCCAAGCAGAAUGCCAACGAAGCUGACAACGAGCGAUUGCUGCUGGUUCUCAACCUGCAGCUGGAGCAAGUCGAACAGCUCCCACUCGACAAUGUGUCUGUUGAACAGCUGGACGCUAUCGAGAAGCAGCUCGAGUCUCUGAAGCCUGCUGGCGCCGACCAAGUACCACCACAAGUCCAGGCUCAGCUCGACAAGAUCGCAGAGCUGAAGGCCCGCAAGGACAAGCACGACGCCGAUGUGGCCCACCUUGGAGCCGCUCUUGACGACAUUCGCAAGAAUCUCGACGAAGCCGACAAGCUCGCCCAUCCCAAGAAGAAGGGAAAGAAGGGCAAGGAACAAUCUGUCCCGCCGACCACCGAUGCGCUCAAGGAAGUGGUGGCCAAGCUGGAGAACGAGGUGCUACCAGCCCUCGCCCAAGUCAACAAUCAAGCCGCCUCCACCCCUGGAGUCGAGCCCCAGCUUCAGGCUGCCAACGAGCUUCAAGCCAAGGCUCAAGAGCUGCUGGCCGAUGCCCAGAAACAACUGGACGACCAGAUGGCCGCCGAUGAGAAGGCAGCUCGAGUCGAAGCCAAGCUUCUCGAGAUCAAGGUGACCCCAGAUACCAUGGUCGCUUUGCAACGCGCCGACGAGCCACCGCAGGACGAUCAAGACGAACUGCAGAAGCGCGAACAGGCUGCCGAUUCGGAUAUUGGUCAGCUGGAGGCGAAGCUGCUCGAGAUCAACCAACUUCUCGCCAGCGACGACCUCAGCCCCGAGCAACGCAAGGAGCUCGAGAAGACCAAGGCCGACACCGAGAGCUACCUGGACAAGUUGCGCAGAUUGAAGGAUGCGCUCCUCGACAAACUGGCCAAUCUCACCAAGUACGGUCAGGAGAAGCAGAAGCUUGACUCGGCUGCCGAGCCUGUUGAAGUGGCGCUGAACACCAUCUUUGACAAGUAUGCCAACCAGGCUCCUCAGCCAUUCGUCGUCGGAAAGGACGACUUGAGCCGAGCCGACGAGGUGAAGUCACAGCUGGCUGAUUUGGCACGAUCCGUGGCUGCCGCCAAGGAGUGGUUGCACGACAAUCUGCCAUCUCGCGAAGCCGACCUUGACGCCCAGCUGGAUGAUCUCAAGUGGAAACAAGAGAACCUGAACAGCCUCGUCGACGAAUUGGCCAACGAAGUGCAAGCUGGCGAUGCCAUCCGAGCUGACUAUGAUCAACUGCUGCCCCUUGUCGCCGAUAUUGAGAACCGGGCGAUGGCAGCUCGUCAGACCGGAGAUCUGUCCGAUCCGGCUGCGCUGAAUGCUCUGAAGAGCGAACUCGAGCCACUCAUCGCUCGUGUUGCCGAAUUGAAGAGGAAGCAGGCCGAAAAGCCAUCUCGCCUCACCGGACAACCAGAAGGCGUCGAUGCCGAUGGGCUGACUGAUCGACUCCGCAACGUUGACAAUCUGCUCAACGACGAGGAGAAGAACGUGCAGGCCAAGCUUGAGCUUGUCGCUCUUGCCAACGAUGUGGCCGCUCAAGCUCAGGCCAUCGAUCAGCCGAUCAACUCGAACAAGGCCGUCCUCUGCUUGAUGCUCUCAACAACGACUACGAGAAGAUCAAGGCUCUCGGAGAAGCGGAAACGCCUGAAGGCCAGAAACUGGCCGUUGCCACCCCUCGAGCGUCUCGAAAAGGCCACCGAAGCCAUCAACACGGCCAACAUCGCGCUCCAAGACCGAGCCGAUGCCCUCGAGGAUUUGCACAAGAAGGCUGAAGGAGCCGGAAACCGUCUGGCCGAGCUCGUGGACGAAGCUAACCGCCUCGUACGCGACCCAGAAGCCCUUCCAAGCAGCUAUGAGCCGACGGCCGCCGAAAUGCGUGAACAACUUUCCGUUGCUCGUAACCUGCUCGCCAGCGCCCCAGCCCAAGAUGAGCAUACCGCCUCGUUGGCAACAACCAUCGAUGCGGCCGAAGCCCUUCUUCCAGUACUCGACGACCGAAACACUUACUGGAAUGAAUUCGUGGCUGCUCGCGACAACGCUGAUCAGCUUCUCGAGAACAUCGGAGCCCAUCUUGAUGCCCUCCAAGCCAAGCAGCCCGAACAUCUCGCUGCUGCCAAGGCCGAUCUGGAAGAAGCAAAACGUUUGAAGGAUCAAGAUGUGGAACGGCUAAAGGAAGCUGCCCGAGAGCUGCAGCGACUCUCCGAGCUACUCGACCCGCUCGAGAGCGCCUACGCCGAUGUGCGAUUCUUGGAUGCUGACAUCGAUCAGAAGGUCGCCCACAUCGACGACUACCUGGCCGAGCUCCACGCCGAGAUCGAAGAUGAACAGGUGUGCGCCGAUUCCACCAAGCAAUUGGACGACGAACUAAACCGUCUUCUUGCGGAUAUCCCGCAAGUCAACGAUGUGAACAGCUUGAACGCCCUUGCCGAACAAGAACUUCCGGCACUGAAGGCUCAGCUCGACUUGCUGAAGGACAAAAUGGCCAAGGCCAACGACACACGUCACCGUGUCCUCGCCGAUUCCCCCGUUUAUCCCCUCGAGGAGAAGUUGAAUGCCGUCGAAGCGGCGCUCGAUAAGGCCAAGCAGAAUGCCAACGAAGCUGACAACGAGCGAUUGCUGCUGGUUCUCAACCUGCAGCUGGAGCAAGUCGAACAGCUCCCACUCGACAAUGUGUCUGUUGAACAGCUGGACGCUAUCGAGAAGCAGCUCGAGUCUCUGAAGCCUGCUGGCGCCGACCAAGUACCACCACAAGUCCAGGCUCAGCUCGACAAGAUCGCAGAGCUGAAGGCCCGCAAGGACAAGCACGACGCCGAUGUGGCCCACCUUGGAGCCGCUCUUGACGACAUUCGCAAGAAUCUCGACGAAGCCGACAAGCUCGCCCAUCCCAAGAAGAAGGGAAAGAAGGGCAAGGAACAAUCUGUCCCGCCGACCACCGAUGCGCUCAAGGAAGUGGUGGCCAAGCUGGAGAACGAGGUGCUACCAGCCCUCGCCCAAGUCAACAAUCAAGCCGCCUCCACCCCUGGAGUCGAGCCCCAGCUUCAGGCUGCCAACGAGCUUCAAGCCAAGGCUCAAGAGCUGCUGGCCGAUGCCCAGAAACAACUGGACGACCAGAUGGCCGCCGAUGAGAAGGCAGCUCGAGUCGAAGCCAAGCUUCUCGAGAUCAAGGUGACCCCAGAUACCAUGGUCGCUUUGCAACGCGCCGACGAGCCACCGCAGGACGAUCAAGACGAACUGCAGAAGCGCGAACAGGCUGCCGAUUCGGAUAUUGGUCAGCUGGAGGCGAAGCUGCUCGAGAUCAACCAACUUCUCGCCAGCGACGACCUCAGCCCCGAGCAACGCAAGGAGCUCGAGAAGACCAAGGCCGACACCGAGAGCUACCUGGACAAGUUGCGCAGAUUGAAGGAUGCGCUCCUCGACAAACUGGCCAAUCUCACCAAGUACGGUCAGGAGAAGCAGAAGCUUGACUCGGCUGCCGAGCCUGUUGAAGUGGCGCUGAACACCAUCUUUGACAAGUAUGCCAACCAGGCUCCUCAGCCAUUCGUCGUCGGAAAGGACGACUUGAGCCGAGCCGACGAGGUGAAGUCACAGCUGGCUGAUUUGGCACGAUCCGUGGCUGCCGCCAAGGAGUGGUUGCACGACAAUCUGCCAUCUCGCGAAGCCGACCUUGACGCCCAGCUGGAUGAUCUCAAGUGGAAACAAGAGAACCUGAACAGCCUCGUCGACGAAUUGGCCAACGAAGUGCAAGCUGGCGAUGCCAUCCGAGCUGACUAUGAUCAACUGCUGCCCCUUGUCGCCGAUAUUGAGAACCGGGCGAUGGCAGCUCGUCAGACCGGAGAUCUGUCCGAUCCGGCUGCGCUGAAUGCUCUGAAGAGCGAACUCGAGCCACUCAUCGCUCGUGUUGCCGAAUUGAAGAGGAAGCAGGCCGAAAAGCCAUCUCGCCUCACCGGACAACCAGAAGGCGUCGAUGCCGAUGGGCUGACUGAUCGACUCCGUAACGUUGACAAUCUGCUCAACGACGAGGAGAAGAACGUGCAGGCCAAGCUUGAGCUUGUCGCUCUUGCCAACGAUGUGGCCGCUCAAGCUCAGGCCAUCGAUCAGGUGCUUGCCCGUGCUCAAGAAGUCGAAGGAAACCCGAAUGCUUCUGUUGAUGAGCUCCGCAAGGCAGCCGAUCAACUCGAACAAGGCCGUCCUCUGCUUGAUGCUCUCAACAACGACUACGAGAAGAUCAAGGCUCUCGGAGAAGCGGAAACGCCUGAAGGCCAGAAACUGGCCGUUGCCACCCUCGAGCGUCUCGAAAAGGCCACCGAAGCCAUCAACACGGCCAACAUCGCGCUCCAAGACCGAGCCGAUGCCCUCGAGGAUUUGCACAAGAAGGCUGAAGGAGCCGGAAACCGUCUGGCCGAGCUCGUGGACGAAGCUAACCGCCUCGUACGCGACCCAGAAGCCCUUCCAAGCAGCUAUGAGCCGACGGCCGCCGAAAUGCGUGAACAACUUUCCGUUGCUCGUAACCUGCUCGCCAGCGCCCCAGCCCAAGAUGAGCAUACCGCCUCGUUGGCAACAACCAUCGAUGCGGCCGAAGCCCUUCUUCCAGUACUCGACGACCGAAACACUUACUGGAAUGAAUUCGUGGCUGCUCGCGACAACGCUGAUCAGCUUCUCGAGAACAUCGGAGCCCAUCUUGAUGCCCUCCAAGCCAAGCAGCCCGAACAUCUCGCUGCUGCCAAGGCCGAUCUGGAAGAAGCAAAACGUUUGAAGGAUCAAGAUGUGGAACGGCUAAAGGAAGCUGCCCGAGAGCUGCAGCGACUCUCCGAGCUACUCGACCCGCUCGAGAGCGCCUACGCCGAUGUGCGAUUCUUGGAUGCUGACAUCGAUCAGAAGGUCGCCCACAUCGACGACUACCUGGCCGAGCUCCACGCCGAGAUCGAAGAUGAACAGGUGUGCGCCGAUUCCACCAAGCAAUUGGACGACGAACUAAACCGUCUUCUUGCGGAUAUCCCGCAAGUCAACGAUGUGAACAGCUUGAACGCCCUUGCCGAACAAGAACUUCCGGCACUGAAGGCUCAGCUCGACUUGCUGAAGGACAAAAUGGCCAAGGCCAACGACACACGUCACCGUGUCCUCGCCGAUUCCCCCGUUUAUCCCCUCGAGGAGAAGUUGAAUGCCGUCGAAGCGGCGCUCGAUAAGGCCAAGCAGAAUGCCAACGAAGCUGACAACGAGCGAUUGCUGCUGGUUCUCAACCUGCAGCUGGAGCAAGUCGAACAGCUCCCACUCGACAAUGUGUCUGUUGAACAGCUGGACGCUAUCGAGAAGCAGCUCGAGUCUCUGAAGCCUGCUGGCGCCGACCAAGUACCACCACAAGUCCAGGCUCAGCUCGACAAGAUCGCAGAGCUGAAGGCCCGCAAGGACAAGCACGACGCCGAUGUGGCCCACCUUGGAGCCGCUCUUGACGACAUUCGCAAGAAUCUCGACGAAGCCGACAAGCUCGCCCAUCCCAAGAAGAAGGGAAAGAAGGGCAAGGAACAAUCUGUCCCGCCGACCACCGAUGCGCUCAAGGAAGUGGUGGCCAAGCUGGAGAACGAGGUGCUACCAGCCCUCGCCCAAGUCAACAAUCAAGCCGCCUCCACCCCUGGAGUCGAGCCCCAGCUUCAGGCUGCCAACGAGCUUCAAGCCAAGGCUCAAGAGCUGCUGGCCGAUGCCCAGAAACAACUGGACGACCAGAUGGCCGCCGAUGAGAAGGCAGCUCGAGUCGAAGCCAAGCUUCUCGAGAUCAAGGUGACCCCAGAUACCAUGGUCGCUUUGCAACGCGCCGACGAGCCACCGCAGGACGAUCAAGACGAACUGCAGAAGCGCGAACAGGCUGCCGAUUCGGAUAUUGGUCAGCUGGAGGCGAAGCUGCUCGAGAUCAACCAACUUCUCGCCAGCGACGACCUCAGCCCCGAGCAACGCAAGGAGCUCGAGAAGACCAAGGCCGACACCGAGAGCUACCUGGACAAGUUGCGCAGAUUGAAGGAUGCGCUCCUCGACAAACUGGCCAAUCUCACCAAGUACGGUCAGGAGAAGCAGAAGCUUGACUCGGCUGCCGAGCCUGUUGAAGUGGCGCUGAACACCAUCUUUGACAAGUAUGCCAACCAGGCUCCUCAGCCAUUCGUCGUCGGAAAGGACGACUUGAGCCGAGCCGACGAGGUGAAGUCACAGCUGGCUGAUUUGGCACGAUCCGUGGCUGCCGCCAAGGAGUGGUUGCACGACAAUCUGCCAUCUCGCGAAGCCGACCUUGACGCCCAGCUGGAUGAUCUCAAGUGGAAACAAGAGAACCUGAACAGCCUCGUCGACGAAUUGGCCAACGAAGUGCAAGCUGGCGAUGCCAUCCGAGCUGACUAUGAUCAACUGCUGCCCCUUGUCGCCGAUAUUGAGAACCGGGCGAUGGCAGCUCGUCAGACCGGAGAUCUGUCCGAUCCGGCUGCGCUGAAUGCUCUGAAGAGCGAACUCGAGCCACUCAUCGCUCGUGUUGCCGAAUUGAAGAGGAAGCAGGCCGAAAAGCCAUCUCGCCUCACCGGACAACCAGAAGGCGUCGAUGCCGAUGGGCUGACUGAUCGACUCCGCAACGUUGACAAUCUGCUCAACGACGAGGAGAAGAACGUGCAGGCCAAGCUUGAGCUUGUCGCUCUUGCCAACGAUGUGGCCGCUCAAGCUCAGGCCAUCGAUCAGGUGCUUGCCCGUGCUCAAGAAGUCGAAGGAAACCCGAAUGCUUCUGUUGAUGAGCUCCGCAAGGCAGCCGAUCAACUCGAACAAGGCCGUCCUCUGCUUGAUGCUCUCAACAACGACUACGAGAAGAUCAAGGCUCUCGGAGAAGCGGAAACGCCUGAAGGCCAGAAACUGGCCGUUGCCACCCUCGAGCGUCUCGAAAAGGCCACCGAAGCCAUCAACACGGCCAACAUCGCGCUCCAAGACCGAGCCGAUGCCCUCGAGGAUUUGCACAAGAAGGCUGAAGGAGCCGGAAACCGUCUGGCCGAGCUCGUGGACGAAGCUAACCGCCUCGUACGCGACCCAGAAGCCCUUCCAAGCAGCUAUGAGCCGACGGCCGCCGAAAUGCGUGAACAACUUUCCGUUGCUCGUAACCUGCUCGCCAGCGCCCCAGCCCAAGAUGAGCAUACCGCCUCGUUGGCAACAACCAUCGAUGCGGCCGAAGCCCUUCUUCCAGUACUCGACGACCGAAACACUUACUGGAAUGAAUUCGUGGCUGCUCGCGACAACGCUGAUCAGCUUCUCGAGAACAUCGGAGCCCAUCUUGAUGCCCUCCAAGCCAAGCAGCCCGAACAUCUCGCUGCUGCCAAGGCCGAUCUGGAAGAAGCAAAACGUUUGAAGGAUCAAGAUGUGGAACGGCUAAAGGAAGCUGCCCGAGAGCUGCAGCGACUCUCCGAGCUACUCGACCCGCUCGAGAGCGCCUACGCCGAUGUGCGAUUCUUGGAUGCUGACAUCGAUCAGAAGGUCGCCCACAUCGACGACUACCUGGCCGAGCUCCACGCCGAGAUCGAAGAUGAACAGGUGUGCGCCGAUUCCACCAAGCAAUUGGACGACGAACUAAACCGUCUUCUUGCGGAUAUCCCGCAAGUCAACGAUGUGAACAGCUUGAACGCCCUUGCCGAACAAGAACUUCCGGCACUGAAGGCUCAGCUCGACUUGCUGAAGGACAAAAUGGCCAAGGCCAACGACACACGUCACCGUGUCCUCGCCGAUUCCCCCGUUUAUCCCCUCGAGGAGAAGUUGAAUGCCGUCGAAGCGGCGCUCGAUAAGGCCAAGCAGAAUGCCAACGAAGCUGACAACGAGCGAUUGCUGCUGGUUCUCAACCUGCAGCUGGAGCAAGUCGAACAGCUCCCACUCGACAAUGUGUCUGUUGAACAGCUGGACGCUAUCGAGAAGCAGCUCGAGUCUCUGAAGCCUGCUGGCGCCGACCAAGUACCACCACAAGUCCAGGCUCAGCUCGACAAGAUCGCAGAGCUGAAGGCCCGCAAGGACAAGCACGACGCCGAUGUGGCCCACCUUGGAGCCGCUCUUGACGACAUUCGCAAGAAUCUCGACGAAGCCGACAAGCUCGCCCAUCCCAAGAAGAAGGGAAAGAAGGGCAAGGAACAAUCUGUCCCGCCGACCACCGAUGCGCUCAAGGAAGUGGUGGCCAAGCUGGAGAACGAGGUGCUACCAGCCCUCGCCCAAGUCAACAAUCAAGCCGCCUCCACCCCUGGAGUCGAGCCCCAGCUUCAGGCUGCCAACGAGCUUCAAGCCAAGGCUCAAGAGCUGCUGGCCGAUGCCCAGAAACAACUGGACGACCAGAUGGCCGCCGAUGAGAAGGCAGCUCGAGUCGAAGCCAAGCUUCUCGAGAUCAAGGUGACCCCAGAUACCAUGGUCGCUUUGCAACGCGCCGACGAGCCACCGCAGGACGAUCAAGACGAACUGCAGAAGCGCGAACAGGCUGCCGAUUCGGAUAUUGGUCAGCUGGAGGCGAAGCUGCUCGAGAUCAACCAACUUCUCGCCAGCGACGACCUCAGCCCCGAGCAACGCAAGGAGCUCGAGAAGACCAAGGCCGACACCGAGAGCUACCUGGACAAGUUGCGCAGAUUGAAGGAUGCGCUCCUCGACAAACUGGCCAAUCUCACCAAGUACGGUCAGGAGAAGCAGAAGCUUGACUCGGCUGCCGAGCCUGUUGAAGUGGCGCUGAACACCAUCUUUGACAAGUAUGCCAACCAGGCUCCUCAGCCAUUCGUCGUCGGAAAGGACGACUUGAGCCGAGCCGACGAGGUGAAGUCACAGCUGGCUGAUUUGGCACGAUCCGUGGCUGCCGCCAAGGAGUGGUUGCACGACAAUCUGCCAUCUCGCGAAGCCGACCUUGACGCCCAGCUGGAUGAUCUCAAGUGGAAACAAGAGAACCUGAACAGCCUCGUCGACGAAUUGGCCAACGAAGUGCAAGCUGGCGAUGCCAUCCGAGCUGACUAUGAUCAACUGCUGCCCCUUGUCGCCGAUAUUGAGAACCGGGCGAUGGCAGCUCGUCAGACCGGAGAUCUGUCCGAUCCGGCUGCGCUGAAUGCUCUGAAGAGCGAACUCGAGCCACUCAUCGCUCGUGUUGCCGAAUUGAAGAGGAAGCAGGCCGAAAAGCCAUCUCGCCUCACCGGACAACCAGAAGGCGUCGAUGCCGAUGGGCUGACUGAUCGACUCCGCAACGUUGACAAUCUGCUCAACGACGAGGGAGAAGAACCUCAGGCCAUCGAUCAGGUGCUUGCCCGUGCUCAAGAAGUCGAAGGAAACCCGAAUGCUUCUGUUGAUGAGCUCCGCAAGGCAGCCGAUCAACUCGAACAAGGCCGUCCUCUGCUUGAUGCUCUCAACAACGACUACGAGAAGAUCAAGGCUCUCGGAGAAGCGGAAACGCCUGAAGGCCAGAAGCUGGCCGUUGCCACCCUCGAGCGUCUCGAAAAGGCCACCGAAGCCAUCAACACGGCCAACAUCGCGCUCCAAGACCGAGCCGAUGCCCUCGAGGAUUUGCACAAGAAGGCUGAAGGAGCCGGAAACCGUCUGGCCGAGCUCGUGGACGAAGCUAACCGCCUCGUACGCGACCCAGAAGCCCUUCCAAGCAGCUAUGAGCCGACGGCCGCCGAAAUGCGUGAACAACUUUCCGUUGCUCGUAACCUGCUCGCCAGCGCCCCAGCCCAAGAUGAGCAUACCGCCUCGUUGGCAACAACCAUCGAUGCGGCCGAAGCCCUUCUUCCAGUACUCGACGACCGAAACACUUACUGGAAUGAAUUCGUGGCUGCUCGCGACAACGCUGAUCAGCUUCUCGAGAACAUCGGAGCCCAUCUUGAUGCCCUCCAAGCCAAGCAGCCCGAACAUCUCGCUGCUGCCAAGGCCGAUCUGGAAGAAGCAAAACGUUUGAAGGAUCAAGAUGUGGAACGGCUAAAGGAAGCUGCCCGAGAGCUGCAGCGACUCUCCGAGCUACUCGACCCGCUCGAGAGCGCCUACGCCGAUGUGCGAUUCUUGGAUGCUGACAUCGAUCAGAAGGUCGCCCACAUCGACGACUACCUGGCCGAGCUCCACGCCGAGAUCGAAGAUGAACAGGUGUGCGCCGAUUCCACCAAGCAAUUGGACGACGAACUAAACCGUCUUCUUGCGGAUAUCCCGCAAGUCAACGAUGUGAACAGCUUGAACGCCCUUGCCGAACAAGAACUUCCGGCACUGAAGGCUCAGCUCGACUUGCUGAAGGACAAAAUGGCCAAGGCCAACGACACACCGGCGCUCGAUAAGGCCAAGCAGAAUGCCAACGAAGCUGACAACGAGCGAUUGCUGCUGGUUCUCAACCUGCAGCUGGAGCAAGUCGAACAGCUCCCACUCGACAAUGUGUCUGUUGAACAGCUGGACGCUAUCGAGAAGCAGCUCGAGUCUCUGAAGCCUGCUGGCGCCGACCAAGUACCACCACAAGUCCAGGCUCAGCUCGACAAGAUCGCAGAGCUGAAGGCCCGCAAGGACAAGCACGACGCCGAUGUGGCCCACCUUGGAGCCGCUCUUGACGACAUUCGCAAGAAUCUCGACGAAGCCGACAAGCUCGCCCAUCCCAAGAAGAAGGGAAAGAAGGGCAAGGAACAAUCUGUCCCGCCGACCACCGAUGCGCUCAAGGAAGUGGUGGCCAAGCUGGAGAACGAGGUGCUACCAGCCCUCGCCCAAGUCAACAAUCAAGCCGCCUCCACCCCUGGAGUCGAGCCCCAGCUUCAGGCUGCCAACGAGCUUCAAGCCAAGGCUCAAGAGCUGCUGGCCGAUGCCCAGAAACAACUGGACGACCAGAUGGCCGCCGAUGAGAAGGCAGCUCGAGUCGAAGCCAAGCUUCUCGAGAUCAAGGUGACCCCAGAUACCAUGGUCGCUUUGCAACGCGCCGACGAGCCACCGCAGGACGAUCAAGACGAACUGCAGAAGCGCGAACAGGCUGCCGAUUCGGAUAUUGGUCAGCUGGAGGCGAAGCUGCUCGAGAUCAACCAACUUCUCGCCAGCGACGACCUCAGCCCCGAGCAACGCAAGGAGCUCGAGAAGACCAAGGCCGACACCGAGAGCUACCUGGACAAGUUGCGCAGAUUGAAGGAUGCGCUCCUCGACAAACUGGCCAAUCUCACCAAGUACGGUCAGGAGAAGCAGAAGCUUGACUCGGCUGCCGAGCCUGUUGAAGUGGCGCUGAACACCAUCUUUGACAAGUAUGCCAACCAGGCUCCUCAGCCAUUCGUCGUCGGAAAGGACGACUUGAGCCGAGCCGACGAGGUGAAGUCACAGCUGGCUGAUUUGGCACGAUCCGUGGCUGCCGCCAAGGAGUGGUUGCACGACAAUCUGCCAUCUCGCGAAGCCGACCUUGACGCCCAGCUGGAUGAUCUCAAGUGGAAACAAGAGAACCUGAACAGCCUCGUCGACGAAUUGGCCAACGAAGUGCAAGCUGGCGAUGCCAUCCGAGCUGACUAUGAUCAACUGCUGCCCCUUGUCGCCGAUAUUGAGAACCGGGCGAUGGCAGCUCGUCAGACCGGAGAUCUGUCCGAUCCGGCUGCGCUGAAUGCUCUGAAGAGCGAACUCGAGCCACUCAUCGCUCGUGUUGCCGAAUUGAAGAGGAAGCAGGCCGAAAAGCCAUCUCGCCUCACCGGACAACCAGAAGGCGUCGAUGCCGAUGGGCUGACUGAUCGACUCCGUAACGUUGACAAUCUGCUCAACGACGAGGAGAAGAACGUGCAGGCCAAGCUUGAGCUUGUCGCUCUUGCCAACGAUGUGGCCGCUCAAGCUCAGGCCAUCGAUCAGGUGCUUGCCCGUGCUCAAGAAGUCGAAGGAAACCCGAAUGCUUCUGUUGAUGAGCUCCGCAAGGCAGCCGAUCAACUCGAACAAGGCCGUCCUCUGCUUGAUGCUCUCAACAACGACUACGAGAAGAUCAAGGCUCUCGGAGAAGCGGAAACGCCUGAAGGCCAGAAGCUGGCCGUUGCCACCCUCGAGCGUCUCGAAAAGGCCACCGAAGCCAUCAACACGGCCAACAUCGCGCUCCAAGACCGAGCCGAUGCCCUCGAGGAUUUGCACAAGAAGGCUGAAGGAGCCGGAAACCGUCUGGCCGAGCUCGUGGACGAAGCUAACCGCCUCGUACGCGACCCAGAAGCCCUUCCAAGCAGCUAUGAGCCGACGGCCGCCGAAAUGCGUGAACAACUUUCCGUUGCUCGUAACCUGCUCGCCAGCGCCCCAGCCCAAGAUGAGCAUACCGCCUCGUUGGCAACAACCAUCGAUGCGGCCGAAGCCCUUCUUCCAGUACUCGACGACCGAAACACUUACUGGAAUGAAUUCGUGGCUGCUCGCGACAACGCUGAUCAGCUUCUCGAGAACAUCGGAGCCCAUCUUGAUGCCCUCCAAGCCAAGCAGCCCGAACAUCUCGCUGCUGCCAAGGCCGAUCUGGAAGAAGCAAAACGUUUGAAGGAUCAAGAUGUGGAACGGCUAAAGGAAGCUGCCCGAGAGCUGCAGCGACUCUCCGAGCUACUCGACCCGCUCGAGAGCGCCUACGCCGAUGUGCGAUUCUUGGAUGCUGACAUCGAUCAGAAGGUCGCCCACAUCGACGACUACCUGGCCGAGCUCCACGCCGAGAUCGAAGAUGAACAGGUGUGCGCCGAUUCCACCAAGCAAUUGGACGACGAACUAAACCGUCUUCUUGCGGAUAUCCCGCAAGUCAACGAUGUGAACAGCUUGAACGCCCUUGCCGAACAAGAACUUCCGGCACUGAAGGCUCAGCUCGACUUGCUGAAGGACAAAAUGGCCAAGGCCAACGACACACGUCACCGUGUCCUCGCCGAUUCCCCCGUUUAUCCCCUCGAGGAGAAGUUGAAUGCCGUCGAAGCGGCGCUCGAUAAGGCCAAGCAGAAUGCCAACGAAGCUGACAACGAGCGAUUGCUGCUGGUUCUCAACCUGCAGCUGGAGCAAGUCGAACAGCUCCCACUCGACAAUGUGUCUGUUGAACAGCUGGACGCUAUCGAGAAGCAGCUCGAGUCUCUGAAGCCUGCUGGCGCCGACCAAGUACCACCACAAGUCCAGGCUCAGCUCGACAAGAUCGCAGAGCUGAAGGCCCGCAAGGACAAGCACGACGCCGAUGUGGCCCACCUUGGAGCCGCUCUUGACGACAUUCGCAAGAAUCUCGACGAAGCCGACAAGCUCGCCCAUCCCAAGAAGAAGGGAAAGAAGGGCAAGGAACAAUCUGUCCCGCCGACCACCGAUGCGCUCAAGGAAGUGGUGGCCAAGCUGGAGAACGAGGUGCUACCAGCCCUCGCCCAAGUCAACAAUCAAGCCGCCUCCACCCCUGGAGUCGAGCCCCAGCUUCAGGCUGCCAACGAGCUUCAAGCCAAGGCUCAAGAGCUGCUGGCCGAUGCCCAGAAACAACUGGACGACCAGAUGGCCGCCGAUGAGAAGGCAGCUCGAGUCGAAGCCAAGCUUCUCGAGAUCAAGGUGACCCCAGAUACCAUGGUCGCUUUGCAACGCGCCGACGAGCCACCGCAGGACGAUCAAGACGAACUGCAGAAGCGCGAACAGGCUGCCGAUUCGGAUAUUGGUCAGCUGGAGGCGAAGCUGCUCGAGAUCAACCAACUUCUCGCCAGCGACGACCUCAGCCCCGAGCAACGCAAGGAGCUCGAGAAGACCAAGGCCGACACCGAGAGCUACCUGGACAAGUUGCGCAGAUUGAAGGAUGCGCUCCUCGACAAACUGGCCAAUCUCACCAAGUACGGUCAGGAGAAGCAGAAGCUUGACUCGGCUGCCGAGCCUGUUGAAGUGGCGCUGAACACCAUCUUUGACAAGUAUGCCAACCAGGCUCCUCAGCCAUUCGUCGUCGGAAAGGACGACUUGAGCCGAGCCGACGAGGUGAAGUCACAGCUGGCUGAUUUGGCACGAUCCGUGGCUGCCGCCAAGGAGUGGUUGCACGACAAUCUGCCAUCUCGCGAAGCCGACCUUGACGCCCAGCUGGAUGAUCUCAAGUGGAAACAAGAGAACCUGAACAGCCUCGUCGACGAAUUGGCCAACGAAGUGCAAGCUGGCGAUGCCAUCCGAGCUGACUAUGAUCAACUGCUGCCCCUUGUCGCCGAUAUUGAGAACCGGGCGAUGGCAGCUCGUCAGACCGGAGAUCUGUCCGAUCCGGCUGCGCUGAAUGCUCUGAAGAGCGAACUCGAGCCACUCAUCGCUCGUGUUGCCGAAUUGAAGAGGAAGCAGGCCGAAAAGCCAUCUCGCCUCACCGGACAACCAGAAGGCGUCGAUGCCGAUGGGCUGACUGAUCGACUCCGCAACGUUGACAAUCUGCUCAACGACGAGGAGAAGAACGUGCAGGCCAAGCUUGAGCUUGUCGCUCUUGCCAACGAUGUGGCCGCUCAAGCUCAGGCCAUCGAUCAGGUGCUUGCCCGUGCUCAAGAAGUCGAAGGAAACCCGAAUGCUUCUGUUGAUGAGCUCCGCAAGGCAGCCGAUCAACUCGAACAAGGCCGUCCUCUGCUUGAUGCUCUCAACAACGACUACGAGAAGAUCAAGGCUCUCGGAGAAGCGGAAACGCCUGAAGGCCAGAAGCUGGCCGUUGCCACCCUCGAGCGUCUCGAAAAGGCCACCGAAGCCAUCAACACGGCCAACAUCGCGCUCCAAGACCGAGCCGAUGCCCUCGAGGAUUUGCACAAGAAGGCUGAAGGAGCCGGAAACCGUCUGGCCGAGCUCGUGGACGAAGCUAACCGCCUCGUACGCGACCCAGAAGCCCUUCCAAGCAGCUAUGAGCCGACGGCCGCCGAAAUGCGUGAACAACUUUCCGUUGCUCGUAACCUGCUCGCCAGCGCCCCAGCCCAAGAUGAGCAUACCGCCUCGUUGGCAACAACCAUCGAUGCGGCCGAAGCCCUUCUUCCAGUACUCGACGACCGAAACACUUACUGGAAUGAAUUCGUGGCUGCUCGCGACAACGCUGAUCAGCUUCUCGAGAACAUCGGAGCCCAUCUUGAUGCCCUCCAAGCCAAGCAGCCCGAACAUCUCGCUGCUGCCAAGGCCGAUCUGGAAGAAGCAAAACGUUUGAAGGAUCAAGAUGUGGAACGGCUAAAGGAAGCUGCCCGAGAGCUGCAGCGACUCUCCGAGCUACUCGACCCGCUCGAGAGCGCCUACGCCGAUGUGCGAUUCUUGGAUGCUGACAUCGAUCAGAAGGUCGCCCACAUCGACGACUACCUGGCCGAGCUCCACGCCGAGAUCGAAGAUGAACAGGUGUGCGCCGAUUCCACCAAGCAAUUGGACGACGAACUAAACCGUCUUCUUGCGGAUAUCCCGCAAGUCAACGAUGUGAACAGCUUGAACGCCCUUGCCGAACAAGAACUUCCGGCACUGAAGGCUCAGCUCGACUUGCUGAAGGACAAAAUGGCCAAGGCCAACGACACACGUCACCGUGUCCUCGCCGAUUCCCCCGUUUAUCCCCUCGAGGAGAAGUUGAAUGCCGUCGAAGCGGCGCUCGAUAAGGCCAAGCAGAAUGCCAACGAAGCUGACAACGAGCGAUUGCUGCUGGUUCUCAACCUGCAGCUGGAGCAAGUCGAACAGCUCCCACUCGACAAUGUGUCUGUUGAACAGCUGGACGCUAUCGAGAAGCAGCUCGAGUCUCUGAAGCCUGCUGGCGCCGACCAAGUACCACCACAAGUCCAGGCUCAGCUCGACAAGAUCGCAGAGCUGAAGGCCCGCAAGGACAAGCACGACGCCGAUGUGGCCCACCUUGGAGCCGCUCUUGACGACAUUCGCAAGAAUCUCGACGAAGCCGACAAGCUCGCCCAUCCCAAGAAGAAGGGAAAGAAGGGCAAGGAACAAUCUGUCCCGCCGACCACCGAUGCGCUCAAGGAAGUGGUGGCCAAGCUGGAGAACGAGGUGCUACCAGCCCUCGCCCAAGUCAACAAUCAAGCCGCCUCCACCCCUGGAGUCGAGCCCCAGCUUCAGGCUGCCAACGAGCUUCAAGCCAAGGCUCAAGAGCUGCUGGCCGAUGCCCAGAAACAACUGGACGACCAGAUGGCCGCCGAUGAGAAGGCAGCUCGAGUCGAAGCCAAGCUUCUCGAGAUCAAGGUGACCCCAGAUACCAUGGUCGCUUUGCAACGCGCCGACGAGCCACCGCAGGACGAUCAAGACGAACUGCAGAAGCGCGAACAGGCUGCCGAUUCGGAUAUUGGUCAGCUGGAGGCGAAGCUGCUCGAGAUCAACCAACUUCUCGCCAGCGACGACCUCAGCCCCGAGCAACGCAAGGAGCUCGAGAAGACCAAGGCCGACACCGAGAGCUACCUGGACAAGUUGCGCAGAUUGAAGGAUGCGCUCCUCGACAAACUGGCCAAUCUCACCAAGUACGGUCAGGAGAAGCAGAAGCUUGACUCGGCUGCCGAGCCUGUUGAAGUGGCGCUGAACACCAUCUUUGACAAGUAUGCCAACCAGGCUCCUCAGCCAUUCGUCGUCGGAAAGGACGACUUGAGCCGAGCCGACGAGGUGAAGUCACAGCUGGCUGAUUUGGCACGAUCCGUGGCUGCCGCCAAGGAGUGGUUGCACGACAAUCUGCCAUCUCGCGAAGCCGACCUUGACGCCCAGCUGGAUGAUCUCAAGUGGAAACAAGAGAACCUGAACAGCCUCGUCGACGAAUUGGCCAACGAAGUGCAAGCUGGCGAUGCCAUCCGAGCUGACUAUGAUCAACUGCUGCCCCUUGUCGCCGAUAUUGAGAACCGGGCGAUGGCAGCUCGUCAGACCGGAGAUCUGUCCGAUCCGGCUGCGCUGAAUGCUCUGAAGAGCGAACUCGAGCCACUCAUCGCUCGUGUUGCCGAAUUGAAGAGGAAGCAGGCCGAAAAGCCAUCUCGCCUCACCGGACAACCAGAAGGCGUCGAUGUCGAUGGGCUGACUGAUCGACUCCGCAACGUUGACAAUCUGCUCAACGACGAGGAGAAGAACGUGCAGGCCAAGCUUGAGCUUGUUGCUCUUGCCAACGAUGUGGCCGCUCAAGCUCAGGCCAUCGAUCAGGUGCUUGCCCGUGCUCAAGAAGUCGAAGGAAACCCGAAUGCUUUUGUUGAUGAGCUCCGCAAGGCAGCCGAUCAACUCGAACAAGGCCGUCCUCUGCUUGAUGCUCUCAACAACGACUACGAGAAGAUCAAGGCUCUCGGAGAAGCGGAAACGCCUGAAGGCCAGAAGCUGGCCGUUGCCACCCUCGAGCGUCUCGAAAAGGCGAGCACCCAGCUUGAUACGCUGAAGGGAAGCCUCGACUGGAAGGCAGACAACCUGAAGGAGUUCGAGGACUCGCGAGCACAGAUCGCGUCCGGCAUCAAGGAAGCCAAGAAGGCAGAAAAAUCGCCAGACUUGGCUGCUGUGGAACAUGCGCUGGAUAUUCUGGAGCACGUCCAACCACAGCUUGCUGAGCUCGAGCAGAAGGCGCAAACUCUCGGUUCUGUCGGCAACGCGAAGUUGACUGCCGACAAGCUAAGGAAAGACCUUGAGGAUACGCAGGCAGCGCUUGAGGGCCAGCGUGCCAAGCUCCAGGCCGAGAAGGAGAAGGCUGAGCAGCAACAACGGCUGUACACCGAGCUCGACAACUUCCGGAAGCUAUUGCGGGCGCUAAUCGACGAGUCGAAUAGCGUGCUACAAGAUCCGGACGCAAUUCCGUCAAACUUCACCGACAUGGCGGAGGCCUUCGACUCGGAGUUGCCAAAGGCAGAAGCGCUUUGCGAUCAGCACUCCAUCAACGACCCUCCAGUGACCGCCCUGUCGCUGACCAUCGAUGCAUCGCGCGAGAUGCUGGACAAGCUCAAGGCUAGGUCGGCGCUGCUCGACCGCUUCGAUCGCUUGCUCGACCAACUGAACGAGCGCAUCGACGAUCUUCGCGAGUACCUGCACGAUCGCGAGCUGGUGGAGGUGGAGGAGGGCGAGAUCCUGCUCGAUUCAUUGAAGGACGACGUCACCUCCAAGCUGAUGGAUCUCAAGGACACCGAGAGUGACCUGUACGACGUGGCGACCAGGGUCGAGCCGCUGACCCAACCCGGCGACGCGAUCCGGUUCGCCUCGGUCGGAGUGGAAAACGUGGAACGGAACAUCGAGGACAUGUUGGAGCGAUUGUCAACGGAAAUCGCUGCCGAGAACGAGUUGCGCCGCACGCUGAACAUCCUCAGCAACGAGGUGCGGCAGACGAAGGAGGAUAUUGGAUAUGACCCAGAGAAUCCCGUCGUCUCGAGGAAUCGUGAGCCCCAACUGUCGGACAUUCUGGCGCAUCUGGAGCACCAGCGCGACAUUGUCGCAGCCAACGCGUCUGACCGGCAAUUCGUGCGCUCGGAGACGGACGAUGAGUUGGCCGCCCUUAUUGCAGAGGUGAUCGACCUCCACGACCGCGCAAUGCAAGGGCCCGACGAGGAGCCGAGGAGUGACGACGAUACCACGACACAAGAGGAAGACUUCGCUGGACCGAGCACAAGUCGCCAGGGCCAACCUGGCGGCCUGAACUACGACCAGGACGCGGCUUCCGGGAUCCUCGCCCGACUUUACCCCAAGGGCAGACCGGCACAGAUUCUGAGGGAACAAGGAAUCGAUCUGGAUCUGCCGUUGGACACCGACGAUUCGCAGAGCGAGAUGAGCUCGUUCGGCGAGAGUUUCGCGUCGGGCGGGCUUAGUCCCGUCCCCGACGACCCGAGGAACGCCGAGGCCCACUUCCGCCGACAACAGGCCCGUUGGCGUCGCGUGUUGCGCACCGCAUUGCCUCUUCAGGCGAUGCUGGUGCUUCUGCUGGGCGCCGCCUGCCUAGUGCCGCACUGCGACGACGAGUACUGCUGUCAGCUGCUGAACAACUUUGCCAAGUCCCUCGACCCCACCCUCGAUUUUAUUAACGGACCCCCGCCUUUC